AAAAUAAAUUUAGAAAAAAUAUGAACAUUCAUAUCAAGCAAAUGAUUUAAAUCUAAAUAAUAUGUAUAGCACAACCAUAAAAAUUGAUAUGGUAAUAACCGAAACCCUCAAAAACCGCCUGCCCCGCUCAUUCCGUCGAACACCUGUUGCGCCGUCUCCUCCUCGCCGACGCACUCCCUCCGAUGCGCCGCUUCUGCCACAUCCCUCGCGGCCGGCGAGUGGCCACAGCGCCCCACGACCACCAGCCACUGCCGCCACCGGAGUGAAUCGAGCCGUAUCCGGACCUCGCGGACCCGAGCCCGUACGCCUCCGCCUCGGCGGCCCCGCCCACACCAUCGCCGUGGCUGCCAUCUACACGGUGUAGUGGUGAUUGGUGAGGAAUGAUUCCCGGUUAGCCUCUCCUCUCUUGCGGCCUCGCCGCUCUGUUUCUGCGGGACGCCGGAGGAGACUCGCUCGCUUCGCUCGACGUGAUGGCGCGAGCUCCGCGGCCGUCUCCGGCGGUGCCCACCCUGCUCCGCCUCCUCUCUUCCCAUCCCUCCCUCUCCGCUACCGCCGCCGCGCACGCCGCGCUGCUCAAGUCCUCCGCCCUCUCCAGCGCCGUCCCGAUCGCGGCCACCGCGCUCCUCACCGCCUACGCGAGCGCGGGACACCCGGGCGCCGCGUCCCGCCUGUUCGACGAAAUGCCCGCGCGGGACGCCGUCGCGUGGAAUGCGCUCCUCGCCUGCCUCGUCCGCCACGCGCGCGCCGGGGCGGCGGCUGCCGCCACCUUCCGCGGCAUGGCCACCUCUGGGGUCCCGCCCACGCCCGCCACGCUCUGCACCAUGCUCAAGGCGUGCGCCACGUCGCGCGCCGCCCGCCCUGGCCGCCAGCUCCACGCGCGGGGUGUCGUCUCGUGCCGCGCCGACGCCAACGACGUCGUCGUGGCCACCGCGCUCGUCGAUCUCUACAUGAGCUGUGGUCUCGUCGAGGACGCCAUGAGGGUGUUUGUGCUCACGAGGUGCCCCAAGGAUGCUGCCCUGCACAAUGCUGUUCUUUCAGGUUGCGUGGAGAACGGAUGGUUCAGCGACGCCUUCACCAUGCUCAGGCGACACUCCAUGGAGCUCGAUGGGGUCUCGCUGACCUCUGCUCUCACGGCCUGCGCAGCGACAGCGAACCUGGCUUACGGUAUGCAGCUGCACUGCAAGGCUCUCCGUGGUGAGUUUGAUUCUGACACCAUUCUAUGCAAUGCGCUCAUUGACAUGUAUGCAAAAUGUGGGAGAGCAACGUCUGCGCGUAUAGUAUUCAACCGGAUGGCUACCAGAAAUGUGGUCUCCUGGUCAAGUAUGAUUGAUGCUUAUAGUCGCCAUGGACAUGGCGUGGAUGCUUUGGAUUUGUUUAAGCUAAUGGAGAAGGCUGCACCAAUGGUCUUGCCAAAUGCUAUCACAUUUCUGGCGCUUCUGUCAGCCUGUGCACACACUGGUCUGGUGGAUGAAGCUCAGUCCAUGCUGCAUUUGAUGAAGAGCAAGUACGGGAUUGAUCCACAGCCUGAACACUACGCGUGUCUAAUAGACAUGCUCGGACGUACAGGCCGUAUUGACGAGGCUUGGGAUCUAUAUUGUAGUCUAACUGCAAGUAGAAAUAAGUCUUCCAGUGCCAUCUGUGUCGCGAUGCUGAACGCGUGCAGAGCAAACAUGGAUGCUGUAAGAGGAAAGAAGGUGGCUGUGCGCAUGCUGGAGGUUGAUCCACGAAACCCUAGGAUUCAUGUGUUGAUUUCGAAUUUUCAUGCUGCUAUGAGACAAUGGUCUGAAUCAAAUGAAUCGCGGAGGAUUAUAGUGGACGAGGGUCUCAGGAAAGAAGCGGCUAGCAGUCAUGUCUGUUUUGGUUAACAACUAAAUGUGCACAUAUCUUGAAAACAUUUGCCACAGAGUGUUGCAGAGAUUGGUUAGGAUACUGUGGUAGCCACAAAACAGGUCCUUACCCUAGGUACACGCCACGACCGGUAAUACCGAGAAUUUUAGUGCCGAUUUUGAUUUUGUCAGCAUAGUGUACUUUUUUGACAGAUAAAAAGAUUGAAAAUUGUUGGUGUAUAUAUAGUUAAUUAAUCCCAAAUCAUGCAGCUUCAUCUAGCUUACUUGGCAUAUCAUCACUUUGGUUGAUGUACUCACUGUUUGCUAUGAAGGUCGUUUUUUCUUUCUUUCUUUUGUGAUUCUUACCUCCUAAGGCUAUAAAAUCUUUUUCCCCUCUGCUAUAUCAGCAGAAAUGAACACUCUCUGGUCUUUCGUUUAUUAAAAAGAACUGACUUUGUUCAGUUUGACA